UCUUUGGUCAAAUUGAAAUAAUUAGAAAUAAUAUUUGAAAUAUAUUUCUGAUUCCUUUAUGUAUUUGUGAGACCAAUUUGAAAUUUCACAAAUUCCUAAAUUUGCAGUAAAUAAUGUUCGUAGGUAUACGCUAUACGGUGAGACACUAGACUACUAUGAAAUUUUGAGCAAAAUAAAGCCGUAACAUACGUCGUCUUCGACGCCUUCGUCCUUUGGAUUGGCUCAUCUUGAAAUAGCUUGUGCGCUCUUUUGGGCGUAAAGAUUAGUAAAGAAUCAAAUAAUUCAAACACUAACAACAAACAGAGACUUGCAGGGAUAAAAGAUAAAAAAAUGGCCCUCCCAAAUAUGCCAAGUCUCUGGACUUCAAGAAAAAAUGUGUAUGAAGCAGCAAUAGUGCGACGAAGAAACCAAGAGGAUGAUUUUCGGGAAAAAUGGCAAGACACAUCAAGAUAUUUUCAUGAUACAGAAAUAGGAGCUGUUAAACAAACUGCAUGGACUUCAGAGGAUUCAUUCCAUGAUAGCAUGGAUGCCUAUAAAUCUCAACACAACAGAGAAAUCAAAGCUAUGAAUUUAAAGCGGAGAAGGCUUAAGUUGACAGACAUGCUGCAGAAAGAAAGAGAUGUGUUGGAGGCAGAAUUACGAGGAUAUUCAGCUGAUAAUUAUGAUAGAAUUUCUGAUAUGAAAGAAAGGAGUGAGAAUCUAAGAAGUGCGAGAGAAGAGAAGAGGAAGCAGUUGGCUGAAGAGAAAUUGUAUGAUCACUUCAGGAAAAAUAACCCAGAUCUCAGAGAGCUUGAGUCCAGGGCGGGAGAACAAGAGGUGAUUGAAGAGUGGGAAGGACAAGUGGAGGAACAGAAGAGGAAACAAGAACAAGAGAUCAGGGAGAAGGCAUUGUACGAGCAGUUGAUGGAAGAAGAGCGUCAGGCAGCUUUAAAGUUUGACCAGGAGUUAGAGCGGGAGAAGAUUCAAGAGGAGAAAAAAUUAAAAUCAGUGCUGAGAGAUCAGGUUGAAGAGCUUAAGCAAAGGGAACGUGAGGCUGAAAGAUUAAAAUUCCAAGCAGAGGAGCUCCAGAAACAGCAGUGGGAGCUGGAGAAAUUAGAAGACCAAAGAAAAGAAAUGGAUGAGAUUAGGAAAAAAGAAGAAUUUGGACGUGUUUUGCUUCGUCAACAUAAAGCUAAGCUACUUCAAAGGUCCAAACAAGUUCAGGAACAGUUGGAACUUGAUCGCCGAAUACUAGAAGCUCUAACUGAGAAAGCAGAAGAAGACCGGGUGUUACAGACAGCAAGAAAAGAGAAGGCAAGAGCAGAUGCUGCUUGGAUGAAGCAGGUAAUUGAUGAACAACUUCGUCUGGAAAAAGCAAGGGAGGCAGAACUGGACAUGCUUUAUCAGGAUGAAGCGUCAAGGAUGUGGCAGAAAAGAGAAGCAGAAUGGGAAAGAGAGCGACAGGCGAGGGAACGAUUAAUGAACGAGGUAUUACAAGGCAGACAAGAGCAGAUAGAGGAUCGCAUGGAGGAAAUACGCAAGAAGCAGGAGGAGUCACUAGAAAGGCGAGAGGAACUGCUGAGGGAGUUAGACAUAGCACAACAAAUGACAAGGAGAGAACAAGAGGAAGAGAUGAAACUGAAGACAGAAAGAAAACAACAGUUACAAGCACAGAUGACAAGUCGAAGGGAACAGAAGAUCUCAGCACAAGAUCAACUACUGAGAGAAAUGGCAGAGGAAAAGAAGGCAGAAGAAGACUAUGAAGAGAUGCUCAGGCGUGAAGCUGAACGAAUGAAUAUAAGAGGCUUUGGACCAAAGAAAUUUGGAAAGAAGCAGGCCUGGCAGUGAAUUUUACUACGUGAUGUGUAGCAGUGGAAUCCAUCCAUAGCAAUCUGUGAUAUAUUAUGAUUUACAUCAUUAUGUGAGGUGUUCUACCUACCAGAAAAUAUAAUUUAGUAUUUCUCUGCCUUUGUGUCUUCAAACAAACCAAGUAUCAUGUAAUCAUUGUGAUUAAUUAAAGGUUUGGGGCAUGUAGUUGAGAUGUUGUGACAGUUUAUCAUAAGGUAUGUAAAACUUUUUAAAGUCUCUUUCAGCAAAAAAUAAUCACAUCACUAUAUGUUGCAUUGGUGUCUGGUGUCAUUUUCAGAUUUAAGUGAGCUCUAAUGUGUUCGUGUAUUAAAAGCCUAGUAUUUAUUUUCUAAAAAGUGUAAAUGUGAAGGACAUUUUAGCUGUUCAUUUUGUGUCAGUUUGGGUUGCAUGGAUUAGUAGCAGAUUUAGACUGGGAAUUGCCACUAGACAAGGAAUAGGAAAUGCACAGAUGUAGCUGACUUUACAUGAUUCUCACGUUCUUGAUCUGCUAAAUGUUAAGGUAGCAUUUCCAUGAUAUACAUGAAUAAUCAGGCCAGCAAUUGCCAAAGGGGGGUUCUUUUCUGUAAAUGUGGACCUUUUGUCAAGAAACCUUAGUUUUCCUAUAUCAAAUUUACCCAGAGUGGACCCUUUCCCAGCAAAAAGGGGGGUUCAUUGAACCCCCUGAAACCCCCCCUGGCUAUGGGCCUGAUAUUGAACACCAGGAAAAACUGCAUUAUCUGUGUUCCCUUUGCAAGUCUGUGAUUUGUUUAUACUGCCACUUAUCUUACAUGUCAACUUAUGUAAAAGUACAUAAUAUAGCUCCUUUCUCUAUUAAAUAAUUCAUUAAAGAAUAUGACUACACUGUUUUCUCUAGGAUUAUUGUGUAACAAAAAUAAAAAUAUAUUUGAAAAAAAAUGUUCACUACA